AUGAGUGUUAAAAAGCUAAGAACAGUUGUGUCACAGAAGUUUGGUAUUCAUGUUAGUGUUGGUCAAUGUAGGAGAGCUAAAAAAUAUGCACCCCAACUAAUAGAUGGUACCCAAGUUGAACAUUAUGCAAAGUUAUGGUCGUAUGCAGAAGAGAUUAGGAUAUCAAAUCUAGGUAGCACUGUGAAAAUUGAUGUAAAUCGUAUGCCAGAUGGGAAGAAAUACUUUAGUAAGUUCUAUGUUUGCUUUGAUACACCGAAGAAGGAGUGGAAGGAGGGAUGCAAGAAGAUAAUAGGUUUAGAUGGUUGUUUCCUUAAAGGGAUCUGCAAAAGGGAGUUAUUAUGUGUUGUUGAAAGGGAUGCAAACAAUGAGAUUUAUCCUAUUGCAUGGGCAGUAGUAUGUGUGGAGAAUAAGGAAAAUUGGAGGUGGUUUUUGGAUUUACUCAUUGAUGACUUGGGACUUAACUUAGGCUAUGGAUACAGUGUAAUAUCGGAUCAACACAAGGUUUUGAUUAAGGCUGUGAAAGAACUCCUUCCAUAUGUAGAGCAUAGGCAGUGUGCCAAGCAUAUUAGCCAAAACCUUAGGAAAAUGUAUAGUGGUGCCCAAUAUGAAAGCAUAUUCUGGAAGGCAUGUAAAGUAACAAUAGAGGUAGAUUUUAAGGUUUCCAUGAAAGAGCUUGAAGUGCUAGACCCAAGUGCUUAUCAGUAUCUGAUAGACAAAGACCCCAAAACAUGGUCAAGGGCCUACUUCCAACCAGGAAGAUGUUGUGAUGCUAUGGAGAAUGGAAUGUCAGAAAGUUUUAAUGUUGUGAUUGUUGAUGCUAGGAAGAACCCAACUAUCACCAUGCUAGAGGAGUUGAGGAUGUAUAUGAUGGAGAGGGUGUUCAACAAGAAAUGCAAGGGUCUAGGAAGGGGCAACCAAAUUUGUCCAACAAUUAGAGAAAUAGCGAAUGAGAUUAAGAAGGGUCUAAGACAUUACCAAGUUUUACCUAGUGGACUAAAUCAGUUUGAAGUAAGAGGAACUACAGAUGCUUAUGAGUUGGAUCUUGAAGAAAGAACUUGCUCAUGCAGGCUUUGGCAGCUUAAUGGAAUCGGUUGUGUCCAUUCUAUUGCAGCUAUUAGUUUUAUGAAUAGGGAUGUGGAGUCAUAUGUGGACAAAAUGUUUUGUAGCAUCACUUACAUGAAGGCAUAA